CUUAACUCUAGUAUAUCAAUGGAGAAAAGGGGCUGAAAAGGUCAAGGCUCGGCAAGAGCUACGGAGGGUUCGUAUCCAGAAGAUUGAGAAGGCAAAUUAGAAGAAAUAGGCCAAAUUAGCGACCUUUGCAAGUCUAGCAGAAGUUCUUCUAAAGCAUCCGCCAAAUCUGAGCGUGCGCAGGCACCAAGACAAAGAGAUCUCAUGCGCAAGGAAAAGCUUGUUAAAGUCCGUAAGGAUGGUAUAGAAACAGAUUGAAGACAUAUUUGAAGAGAUCAGACUACUGUCAAAGAUCAUUCACUUAUUGGAAAAGAAAGAGAGGAGACCAAUGUGAAUAUCCAGUUAAACAAACUGCUCAAUAAGUUUGAGAAUAGAGUCUUUAAGAGUCUCAAGUAUCUCAGAGGAGGCUAUUUGUUCAAGUACUUGACUAAACUCCUAUGGCAUGAUGAACAAGUGACCUUUCAUAUUAUGGAUAGCAAGAUGAAAAGAUUUAAAUUUUCCUUAAAAUUCUUUGCAGAGUGUCGUAAUCAGUAUAAAACCAAGAAGGCUAUAAGAGACUUUAGUCAAAAAUCAACUCAUAACAGAGUCCUGAAUAUUUUAUCAAAUUCAACAUUCAGAAAAGGGAGAAGGAAAAAGCUAGUCUCUAUUGGUCUCUAUCUCCCUGCCAUAAGUCAGAUUGCUCACAAAGUUUGAGGCCAAGUUACUCUUGAUUAUUUUUCUUUCACUGAGCCUCAGUUGAAGAGACUUUUCAUGCUAUUCAGGCAUAAGACUUGCAUUAAGUUUGAUUGCUGCCACUUCCAUCUCAACAGAAUCCCGAAUCUUAGCAAGUGCUUACACAAAACCACACUUAAGCAGAUCAGUUUCAGAGAUCCCCCAGAUUCUGGAUCAUUUGUUUUGAAAAGCAAGUUUACUGAAUAUAAGACCCUCAUAUUUGGAUUUGGUAAUUCAGACCUCACAAAAUCCCUUCAAGGACUCUAUCUUGACGUAUCCAGGAAGCUUCAACACUUGCUUGGCAAGUUCUUAGACGAGUACGAAAUCGGCAAUGCCAGCGUUGUGGUCUGUUAGAACCAGAACAUCUGAAAUUC